CCAAAAUAUGGCGGAAUGAAAAUAUUGUCAGGUUUGAACCUAAACCGUUUUAAUAGUUUUUUUUUUCCCCCCAGUGAAUUAAUAUUUCGGAAAUGUAUUCUAAUAGGACAAAAACUAAACGAUAUAUCGAGGGGGUUCUUUUCCGUACAUCCGGGUUUUGGACCACCAACGAAGAAGCUGCACCGGAAGUAAAGUCGUGUACAUAAAUAAUAAACUGUGCUAAAGGGCACGAGCGGCUGUGACCUGCGUCGGUUUAUUAAGAGAACUUCACUGAUUUCAGCGUUAAUUCUGUUAGACUCUGAAAGCGGUGUGAGGAGCUGAUAAAGUGCACAAUGCUGCAGAACACAGGAAAGCUGUCCGGUUGCACCCUGUUCAUCACCGGAGCGAGUCGAGGCAUCGGUAAAGCCAUCGCACUGAAAGCUGCCCGAGACGGUGCCAACGUAGUGAUCGCAGCCAAAACUGCUGAGACGCACCCCAAACUGCCCGGAACCAUCUACACAGCUGCUGAGGAGAUUGAAGCAGCAGGAGGAAAAGCUCUGCCGUGUAUCGUGGAUGUUCGUGAUGAGAAGCAGGUCAGCGAGGCGGUGGAGAACGCCGUGAAGAAAUUCGGAGGGAUCGACAUCGUGGUGAACAACGCCAGCGCCAUUAACCUGACGGGAACACUGGACACGCCCAUGAAGAAAGUGGACCUCAUGUUGGGCAUCAAUCUGAGAGGAACGUAUCUGACGUCUAAACUUUGCAUCCCGCAUCUGUUAAAGAGUAAAAACCCUCACAUCCUCAACCUCAGUCCUCCUCUCAACCUCAAUCCCAUCUGGUUUAAGAACCACACAGCUUACACCAUGGCCAAAUACGGCAUGUCCAUGUGUGUCCUCGGGAUGGCUGAAGAAUUCCGUGGAUCUAUCGCUGUUAAUGCACUAUGGCCUCGUACAGCCAUUCAGACUGCGGCGAUGGAGAUGCUCGGAGGAUCAGGCGUGGCGAAACAGUGCAGGAUGGUGGACAUCAUGGCCGACGCUGCCUACGCCAUCCUCAGCAAACCCGUCAGCUACACAGGACACUUCAUCAUAGACGAGGACGUCCUCAAGAAGGAGGGCAUUAAAGACUUUGACGUGUACGCGGUGCAGCCAGGUCAUCCACUGCUUCCUGACUUCUUCCUGGACGAAGAUCCUGAGACACUGAAGAAGCAGCUGCAGGAUCACGAUGCCACUCCUGAAAAAACAAGUGCAGACGCUCCCUCCAGCCCCAUCGCUGAUAUCUUUACUGUGAUUAAAGGUGUGAUCAGCCCCGAGUUGAUCAAAUCCACGCAGGGGGUCUACACAUUCCAGCUGUCUGGAGAACACGCCGGAGUCUGGUAUAUCGACCUGAAGAACGGUGCAGGUGCAGCAGGCAGCGGAGAACCCGCAGCCAAGGCAGACGUGGAGAUGAGUCUGAACAGUGAAGACUUCAUCAAGAUGUUCACAGGGAAAUUAAAGCCCACGAUGGCCUUCAUGUCCGGGAAGCUGAAGAUCAAAGGUGACAUGUCUCUGGCCAUCAAGAUGGAGAAGAUGAUGGCGAUGAUGAACAAGUCCAAGCUGUAAUCAGAAAUGUUCUGGUCUGUUAAACCAUCAGCUAUUAAACCAUUCUUAUUUUCAAACGGCUUCGUCCUGUUUUCCUUUUUUUAUAGAUAAUAUAACAGUAUGGGGGGGGGCGGAGGGGCAGAUUAAAGAAGUCAGGCGGGUUAAAUUGUCUGGUUUAAUCCAUUUAUUUGUGAUAAUUAUAAAAUCUAAUUGAUUACAUUUACAGCAAAAAUGUUUUCAUGGAUUUUUAUUACUUGAAUUAGUUCAAGUAAUAAAAACAUAUAAAAUAUUUGGGGGGGAGGGGGUAGCUGGUAAUAUCAGUUCAUGAACACACACACACACACUACAAUUUCAUCAUCACAUCUUGCCAUAUGGCAACAAUUACAUUUUACCAUAGAAUACUCACAAUAUCUAAACUUGUGUAAAUGACAAAAAAAUGAAAGUUAACUUAUCUCAGAGAGUGUUUUCAUUUUAAGUAGUUUUGCCUAAAUAUUGAGAAAUUAAUGCAGUUUUGAGAGUCCUCAGAGGAAGCUUUCACCAUGUCAUGACCAUGCUAGACCACUAGAGGGCACCUUGUUCGCCAUGUAGAACUUCUUCUGUUGUCGCCCCUAUUUCCUGUUGCAAUCAUGCUCACCUGUUUGUUAUUUCCUGCUUGAUUAGUGCUCUAUUUAAGUUCCUUGGCUUUUUCUCCUUAGUUGCUGGUGCAUUGCUUCAUCAGGUCAUGUUUGUGAGCUGUUGUUUUUUUUUAUUUUUUUUUUUAAUAUUAUUAACUAUAAAAAAAAAUUGUUACUGUUUGGUUUAUGCACUGUUUGUUUAUAUUUAGUAUUUACUAGUUUUGUUUUAUGAGUUUCUGCUUGUCCUAGUGUUUUCUCUUCCUUGGGUGUGUUCCCUGUGUUUUGUCUAUAAUAAAGAAGUUCUGCAUGUG